UAUGACGCAAAUAAACAAAACAUGUGUGAGAAUCGAGUCGCUCUCUCCCAGUUUUGUAUCGAUGUGAUACAGUAGGUCCUAGGCUUAAUUAAUUUAAACAUGUCUGGCUACGUAGGAGUCCCAGAUUAUUAUGAAAGAAAAGGUUCAUUAUUUUUAAGAUCUGAUCAUAUGAACUAUGGAAGACCGACCCUAAACAGUAACUGGCAUCAAGCAAGAGAAGCAGAACCUAAAGACUACAAUAUUUCAGAUCAAACUCAAAAGCGAAACCUACAUACAGCAACAUAUCGUAGGAUUGGUGACAUCACAGAUGGAGAGCAGCCACCGGAUUUCCCUGAUCAUUCAAAUGGAUACCGCAAGUGCCAUAGUCAGUUCACAGAUACUGCAGAUUACAGGAGAUUCGGUCGCAACACUUGGCAGGAUGAGAGCGCUAUUUAUGCCAACAGAGAUUACAAGAGGGCGCUCUUUCCACCAACACACACAAUACCGCAACAACUUGAAUAAUUGUAUAUGAUUGUUUAUUUUUCUAUUGUUUUUAUAUCUUGCUGAUAACGAACAAAAAGAUGGAUGUAGAUUUUAUUUUCACUUUCAUUAAAAAAAUCAUGUGGAAAAUGAAAGAACUUUUUGUGCAAUAAAAGGCAUCAGUUGUAUCAGAUUUCCUUUGAAAAACGAAGUGUUUGCAUUUGAAAAAUGUUUUAAGAAAUGUGGACAGUUACACUAUUUGUAUUACAUUACGUCGUAAAGCAAGUAAGCAUAUUUUAUUAAAAUUAUCGAGUAAGUAGAUUAGACCAUGAUAGGUCUACAUAUUUAUUGGUAUACCCAGAAUUAGCAGAUUUAACUAUUUAACUGCUAAAAUUAUUACUACAUUCGGGAAAUGUCUAUUUAAAUAUAUUUUUACUAGUUUUAACAUUAAAGUAAAUUAAUGUGAUGUAUUUUUAACAUUAACAUACUGAUGUAGACAAUAAUAAACGUACUGGUGUGUAACAUUAGAUCACGUGAUUAGAUAAAUUGCAGACUUCGUUGAAUAUAGGAACGACAUCAUGCGAGUACUGUAGAAAUAAAAUUGUAAAUGGGCAUAUACAAUCAGGUGA